CAGACUCAGACAAAAGCCAUGCGCGAAUGGCUCAGUAAUGUCAAUGUGUUCCAUUAUAGGAAACCAUCGAUAGUGAGACGCAAAAGACGGGCGUCGGAUACGCAAAAAGAGACCAACGAUCAAGGUUUGUCUAGUAAAUCAUUAGCUAGACUUAAACCGAUGGUCGUUAGCAAUGAUAACACAAAGGAGCAACUCGAAUUAGAUAGUAUUGACAUGCGGAUAAAUGAUAAAGUAGAGAAAAUGGCUAAUAAAGUAAAGAAUAGAACAUCGCUACCAGCUCCUAACAAGAUGAAGCAAUCACAGAAUACACUAUUUGACGCAUACGAUAUCGCUAAAAUAUCUGAAUUACGGAAUAAUGAUAGUAAUUAUUUAGCUAUACGACGCGUUUUGGCAAAACCUCAUAAUAGAUGUUGUGCCGAUUGCCGUUCACCCGAUCCAUUAUGGGCAAGUUGGCAACUCGAUUUGAUACCAAUGGUUAUCUUCAUUUGUAUUAAUUGCUCAGGUUGGCAUCGCUCUUUGGGUUCUCACAUUAGUAAAGUGAAAUCAAUUGAACUUGACGAUUGGACAACCGAACAAAUUAAAUUAGCGGAUCGGACAGGCAAUGAUAAAUGCAAUUUAUAUUGGGAGGCUAACAAACCAUCCGAUAUACCAAUACCCAAACCGAAUACUAGUGAAAUUGGUUCAUACAUCACGUGUAAAUAUAAAGACAAGCUCUGGGUAGAUAGCCGAGCUUUCGUUUAACGACGUUCAUUUAUCACGGAAUUUCUUCAUAUUCUUAUUGGCUAAUGGGUUAUUAAUAAUUCCAAAUUAUAUUUAUACCAUCUUUUUUUGUCUAUACAAGUCAAAUACAUAAUUCAAAACCAUCCCUUUUUAC